CUGCAUAUAAAUACAGAACUAGCUUUAUAUAACAUUUUCUUACACUUCACGGAUAGAUACUUAAGUGCCUUCAAAAAUGGACUCCAAUAAAGAAAAUGAGGUAGCUACAGUUGCAAUAACAAAAACAAAGGACGGUGGCAAAGGGAAAAGUGUUAAAUGGGGUGCUCCUAUUUCCACAGAUCAAUCUUCAUCAUCAGUUUCGACAAAGUCUGCUGCCUCGUUGCCAAAACCACCAGCAACAAGGUGGAGAAAAGGCGUGGCAAUAGCAGACUUUGUCUUAAGACUUGGUGUCAUAGGAGCUGCUAUAGGCGCCACAUAUCUGAUGGGAAACAAUGAGGAGGUUCUUCCAUUUUUCACACAGUUUCUCCAGUUCCAUGCUCAGUGGUCUGACUUUCCAAUGUUCCAGUUUCUUGUGGUAGCAACCGGGGUAAUUGGUGGAUACGCGGUUCUUUGCCUUCCGUUCUCGUAUGUUUGCAUUGUUCGACCAUAUGCUUUGGGACCAAGGCUUCUGCUUAUGAUCCUUGAUAUAGUAAGCUUCAAAGAGAAAGAGGAUUCUAUUAAAGAUGUUGAUGUGGAUCCGAAAGACAAAUGGUAUCAAGAGAAAGAAGCACCAAAUAAAGGGGAUAAACCCUUUGACCCAUAUCCAAUCAUUUCAAUUUCUAAAGCAAAUUUUGAUGAGUAG